AUGGCCAGGACACGAGGAAAUUUAUAUUGGAUUAGACCCAUAGCUUCAACUCAUAGAAGGGGUCAGCACGAGGCUAAUGUUGUUCAGGAUGAUGUUGUUGAGCAUGAGAUUUCUGAUGUUCCUCAAGAAGAGGAGCAGGAGAUUGAUAACGAUGGUGCAGGAUUUUCAGGUGGUCCGUCUGAUACAUCUUUAUUGACUCGGUACCAGGAUCAUGUUGCAUGCAUGAUAUGGGAUGGUCAGGAUCGAGUUGUGAAAAUAGUCUCCCAUAUUAAAAGAGUGAAGAAAUUAGGACGUUCUCACCCUUCUGUUCUUCCCUUUGUGGUAGCUUCUGGAUUAUCGCCUCUGUGCGAUAUUUUAUAUGAAUACACCGAUCUUGGGUUUGUAUUGGGUUUCAUGGAGAGAUGGCAUCCCAAGACUAAUACUUUUCAUCUACCCAUUGGGGAGAUGACCAUCACUUUAGAUGACGUCUGGUCGCUCCUUCAUCUUCCCAUCACUGGAAAUUUUUGCUCCACUGAAAAUCUUGAAUAUGAAGACUCAGUUGAGAUUUUGAUGACACUUCUUGGUGUUGAUCGAGCCAUGGCUUGUGAGGAGCUGAAUCAAAGUCGGGGUGCACAGCUCAGACUUAGCUGGUUGAGAGAGUUGUAUGAUAGUUGUUGUGAUAACGAGCUAUGGGAGUUUGCUGCACAUGCAUAUCUUUUGCACCUUGUAGGGUGCACGAUAUUUGCUAAUAAAAGUGCCACCUAUGUUCGUACACAUUAUCUCAAGCUAUUUAGAAAUCUCCCGACAUGUCGUAGAUAUGCUUGUGGAGUUGCUGCUCUUGUCUACUUAUAUGAGCAGCUAGGAGAUGCCAGCUUUGCAAAUACAAAGCAAUUAGUUGGAUAUCUACCUCUUCUAUAG